AUGAAACGUUCAACUAGAUAUUAUUAUGAAAUGAAUGAUAAGGCAUCACGCAAAUUAAAUCAAAAAAUGAAUAACGAAUAUUCUAUUGAUGGCAGGAUUGUUAAAGUUACUAAUAAAUUUAGUGAUUUAACAAAAAAAGUUAUGCAAAAUAUUAAUGCAUCAAAUAAUGUUGAAUUUUUAUCAGCUUUAACUGAAAGAUCUAGUGACAACACUUUUCAAAAUACAUCUGUAUUCGAUAAAGUUAUGGAUUAUCUGUCUCGUAUACCGGAUGACAUUUCCGAUGAAAUAGAGGAUAAAGAAAUAUACGAAAAUGAGGAUGAUAAUAUAAUGGAAAAUGUAUAUGGUAACUUUGACGAGAAUGGUGGGGAAGAAAGUUGUAAAUUAAUAGAGACUAAGAAAUCUCAACCAAUAGACAUUCCCAUUACACCUAUUGAAAAAAAUCCUUAUGUAGGAUCUCCUCAUAUUGAAUAUAAAAUUAAUGCCAUUACGGGACAAAAAUACAUCAGCAAUAUCUUUGUUAACAAGCCAAAAUUAUUCUAG